AUCGCAACACUUUGGGAGGUCAAGGCAGGCGGAUCACUUGAGUCCCAGGAGUUCAAGACCAGCCUGGCCAACAUGGUGAAACCCUGUCUCUAUUAAAAAUACAAAAAUUAGGGUGUGAUGGCUCACACCUGUAAUCCCAGGUCCUUGAGAGGCUGAGGCAGGAGAAUCACUUGAACGCGGGAGGCGGAGGUUGCAGUGCACUCCAGCCUUGGUGACAGUGGAAGACUCUGUCUCAGGAACAAAAACAACAAAAAGCUAAUGGACCAAGUCCCAAGACUGUCAGUGGGAGUUAGGUGGAAUGGGUGGAGGGGGCAGCUAAGGAAAAGAAGAGCACUUCAGGUAGAGAAAAUAGGAAGGGUAAAGGCAAGUGUAUGAAUCAGGCUGAUGUGUUCAGUGAUCUCUAAGCAGAGAGAAGUUCCUGGAUUAUGAUGUCACGGUAGGGAGUACCAGGAGGAGAGGAAGCUUGGGUGCCAUGUUGCAGUUGAGCCUAAACUGAAUACUGUCUAUAGAAGGAAACAACAAACUUCAUACUUUAUGUACAAAGUAACAUGGCCAACUUUUUGGCUUAGAUUUCAACACUACACUUGCACAAUGUCUUUGAAACCAAGAGUAGUUGAUUUUGAUGAAACAUGGAACAAACUUUUGACGACAAUAAAAGCUGUGGUCAUGUUGGAAUAUGUUGAAAGAGCAACAUGGAAUGACCGCUUCUCAGAUAUCUAUGCUUUAUGUGUGGCCUAUCCUGAACCCCUUGGAGAAAGACUUUAUACAGAAACUAAGAUUUUUUUGGAAAAUCACGUUCGGCAUUUGCACAAGAGAGUUCUGGAGUCAGAAGAACAAGUACUUGUUAUGUAUCAUAGGUACUGGGAAGAAUACAGCAAGGGUGCAGACUAUAUGGACUGCUUAUAUAGGUAUCUCAACACCCAGUUUAUUAAAAAGAAUAAAUUAACAGAAGCGGACCUUCAGUAUGGCUAUGGUGGUGUAGAUAUGAAUGAACCACUUAUGGAAAUAGGAGAGCUAGCUUUGGAUAUGUGGAGAAAAUUGAUGGUUGAACCACUUCAGGCCAUUCUUAUCCGAAUGCUGCUCCGAGAAAUCAAAAAUGAUCGUGGUGGAGAAGACCCAAACCAGAAAGUAAUCCAUGGGGUUAUUAACUCCUUUGUUCAUGUUGAACAGUAUAAGAAAAAAUUCCCCUUAAAGUUUUAUCAGGAAAUCUUUGAGUCUCCCUUUCUGACUGAAACAGGAGAGUAUUAUAAACAAGAAGCUUCAAAUUUAUUACAAGAAUCAAACUGCUCACAGUAUAUGGAAAAGGUUCUAGGUAGACUAAAAGAUGAAGAAAUUCGAUGUCGAAAAUACCUACAUCCAAGUUCAUAUACUAAAGUGAUUCAUGAAUGUCAGCAACGAAUGGUAGCAGACCACUUACAGUUUUUACAUGCAGAAUGUCAUAAUAUCAUUCGACAAGAGAAAAAAAAUGACAUGGCAAAUAUGUACGUCUUACUCCGUGCUGUGUCCACUGGUUUACCUCAUAUGAUUCAGGAGCUACAAAACCACAUCCAUGAUGAGGGCCUUCGAGCAACCAGCAACCUUACUCAGGAAAAUAUGCCAACACUAUUUGUGGAGUCAGUUUUGGAAGUGCAUGGUAAAUUUGUUCAGCUUAUCAAUACUGUUUUGAAUGGUGAUCAGCACUUCAUGAGUGCGUUGGAUAAGGCCCUUACGUCGGUUGUAAAUUACAGAGAACCUAAGUCUGUUUGCAAAGCACCUGAACUGCUUGCUAAGUACUGUGACAACUUACUGAAGAAGUCGGCGAAAGGGAUGACAGAGAAUGAAGUGGAAGACAGGCUCACGAGCUUCAUCACGGUGUUCAAAUACAUUGAUGACAAGGAUGUCUUUCAAAAGUUCUACGCAAGAAUGCUGGCAAAACGUUUAAUUCAUGGGUUAUCCAUGUCUAUGGACUCUGAAGAAGCCAUGAUCAACAAAUUAAAGCAAGCCUGUGGUUAUGAGUUUACCAGCAAGCUACAUCGGAUGUAUACAGAUAUGAGUGUCAGCGCUGAUCUCAACAAUAAGUUCAACAAUUUUAUCAAAAACCAAGACACAGUAAUAGAUUUGGGAAUUAGUUUUCAAAUAUAUGUUCUACAGGCUGGUGCGUGGCCACUUACUCAGGCUCCUUCAUCUACGUUUGCAAUUCCCCAGGAAUUAGAAAAAAGUGUACAGAUGUUUGAAUUAUUUUAUAGCCAACAUUUCAGUGGAAGGAAACUUACAUGGUUACAUUAUCUGUGUACAGGUGAAGUUAAAAUGAACUAUUUGGGCAAGCCAUAUGUAGCCAUGGUUACGACAUACCAAAUGGCAGUUCUUCUUGCCUUUAACAACAGUGAAACUGUCAGUUAUAAGGAGCUUCAGGACAGCACUCAGAUGAAUGAAAAGGAACUGACAAAAACAAUCAAAUCAUUACUUGAUGUGAAAAUGAUUAACCAUGAUUCAGAAAAGGAAGAUAUUGAUGCAGAAUCUUCAUUUUCAUUAAAUAUGAACUUUAGCAGUAAACGAACAAAAUUUAAAAUUACUACAUCAAUGCAGAAAGACACACCACAAGAAAUGGAGCAGACUAGAAGUGCAGUCGAUGAGGACCGGAAAAUGUAUCUCCAAGCUGCUAUAGUUCGUAUCAUGAAAGCACGAAAAGUGCUUCGGCACAAUGCCCUUAUUCAAGAGGUGAUUAGUCAGUCAAGAGCUAGGUUUAAUCCCAGUAUCAGCAUGAUUAAGAAGUGUAUUGAAGUUCUGAUAGACAAACAGUACAUCGAACGCAGCCAGGCAUCGGCAGAUGAAUACAGCUACGUCGCGUGAUGUCGCUCUCCUCCAGCGUGGUGUGAGAAGAUCAUUGCCAUCACCAUUUGGUGUAUUCCUGUGGGAAAAAGCAGGCCUGUGCCUCCAUAAUUUGGUCAUUUGGCAGCCCCUGUUUUCUGCUGUUUACAACAUCACCAGUGCCACGUCAUGAGCGUCAAAGAAAAUGCCUAGAGAUAUUUCAAGCUCAUGUCAUUAUGACAUUUCUUAAAACUUUAUUAAAAGAAUGAGUGAAGUAUUGCUGAAAUGUGGACAUUCGGUUGGGUACCAUGCUUUUUCUCCCCUUCACGUUUGCAGUUGAUGUGUCUUUUUUUUUUUUUUUUUUUUUUUUAAUGUAUCUUAAAGGACAUAAAAUUAAAAAACUUAAAUAUUGUAAUAUGACAGAUAACCUAAUAAUUGUAUCUACAUUAAAAUGACAAACAUGAUACUGCUGCUUGUCAAAUAAAAAAAAAUAAAGAAAUAGAAUGCCUUUUUUAUGUGGAUGGAGUAUCAGGCUGACCACACAAUAUAUUGACUCAAAGCAGCUAAUGCAUCUUUAGUUGCGUUUUUAUCUGAAUGGUUUAAUUCACUUGUACUCCUAUUUAAAUCCUACAUGAAAAAUGUCUAGAUUAUUGUUCUUGAAUGCAUAGGAUUGCAUUCAGGAUAAAGAAUGCUUUAUUUUUAUGGAUUAGAUAUACUGGAUCUAAACAUUUUGAAUCUUGAAGAUGUAAUUCCAUCAGCAGUUUCUGGUGGUGUGCUACCCCACAGACAUCGCAGAGUGUGAGCAGGAUGUGUGGUGACCUCAAGUCUGGCACAAAGAGAGCUUUUCAUUCAAAAGUUGUCUUUCUUCUGUUGCAUAAUCCAUUAGUUCUAGCAUAGACUAAUACCCUAGCUCUAUGGCCUUCCCUGAGUCUUAGGAAAUCUGUGAUACCAACAUAUUCCUUCUAUAUGCCUUCCCUACCUGUUACCCUUAUAGCCCUCCUCCAACAGUUUAGAUACUAGAGUCACUCUCAUCAGUUACAGAUGUGCUUAGCAAUGCAUAACUUAAAUACUUUUUUUAAAGAAAAUUGUACAUUGUACUGGGUGCCACAUAUAUAAAUCCCAUUAUUUUGUUUAUUUUAUAUAUAUAUAUAUAUAUAUAUAUCAACAGCAGUGUUAGAAUACUGCGAUCUAUUAUCAUAUUUAUUGUCUAUCCAUGCCGUCACCACCACCACACCCCUCCUCCCUUGACAGACAAACAAUUUUUCUUUUUUUUUUUAAAUAAGAGAUGGGGUUUCGCCAUGUUUCCCAGGCUAGUCUGGAACUUCUGGCCUCAAGCAAUCCUGUCUGUCUCCCAAAGUGCUGGGAUUACAAGCGUGAGCCACUGCAUGCAUCCAACACACAAUUUUUAAAAUCCGGAAUAUUUUAAAGCAAAUCACACAGAAAGUAUUUCACUUAUAAUACUUAAAUAAGACCUUUAAAAAAAAUCCACAAUUUUAUAUUACUCCUAACAAAAACAAUAAUUACUUAGUAUCAUCUAAUAGGUGGUUCAUAUUUAAAUUUGUUGUUGUUUUGAAAUGGCUUUUACAAUUGGUUUAUUCGAUUGCAUUUUUUCUAACUCGUGUCUCAAGUGUUUUAAAAAUCUGCUGAACUUACAAUGACUUAUAUACUGUAUUUCUCAUUUUACCUUUCUUCCAAAUGAGGAAAUAAUGGCAAACCAUAUAAUAUUGUACAUUCACUGUCAAAAAGAAAACCCUUGUUUUGAUAACUUGUUGAUUGAUAAAAGUUUUCCAAAUUGAUUCCUUUUUUCUUAAAUAUUUAUACAUGUUAAAUUAAGU